AUGAAGAAAAUGUCAACAUCUGAUCCGUUGGAGAGGAAUGAGAGAGAGAAAGAAGAAUUCCGCAAACUCUUUGUUGGUGGUUUGAGCUCUGAAACCACAGAAGAAGCUCUAUGGAACUACUACCGGCAGUGGGGAUAUCUUACAGACUGUGUGGUCAUAAGACACCCCGCCAGCCAGACAUCAAGAAGGUUUGGUUUUGUCACGUUUUCCUCCAUGGCUGAGGUGGAUGCUGCCAUGGCGGCCAGACCUCAUUUCAUUGAUGGGAAAAGGGUCGUCCCCAAACGCGCUGUCCCAAGAGAGGACUAUGGAAAACCGGGGGCUCUUGUCACUGUGGAGAAGCUGUUUGUUGGUGGAAUUGGGGAAGACACGGGGAAGCAUCAUCUUAGAGAUUACUUUGGGAAAUAUGGAAAAAUCAAAGCCAUUGAGAUUAUUAGUGAUAGGGAGUCUGGAAGGAAAAGAGGCUUUGGGUUUGUGACUUUUGAUGACCACGAUCCCGUGGAUAAGAUUGUGUUGCAGAAAUACCAUACUGUCAAUGGUCAUCAGGCAGAAGUAAGAAAGGCCUUGUCUAGACAAGAAAUGCAGGAACUCCAGCAUUCUAGAAUAGGAAGGGGAGGAGGUAGGGUUCAUUUUCUGUACUUGAAUGAUGAUGGAAAUUUUGGAGCAGGACAAGGAAGGGACUUUAGAGGAGGAUCUGAUGGAGGUGGAAGAGGUGGUGAAUCUGGGGAUGGUGACCAUGGGUAUGGAGGAGGACCAGGAGGUGAUAGUUUGAGGGUUAGUCCUGGUUAUGGAGGAGGACAAGAAGGUUGUGAUGGAGGAGGGCCUGGACAUGGCCACCAGGAUGGGGGCUGUAGAGCUGGUUAUACCAGCUAUGGAGGAAGGAAUGAUGGAAGUCAGAAUUGCAAUAAUUUGGGAAAUUAUAAGCAGAAACCUUCAAAGUACGAGUUAUUGAAGAGUGGAAAACUGAAUGGUAGGAGGAAUAUGGGAGGAUCAUAUGCUGGAGGAAACUUUUGUCCAGGAGGCCAUGAAGGAAGUGGGGAUUAUGAGAAAGAGGCGAUAUUGAGUUUGUUAUUUGACAGGGGCUUGAUUGUAUGUCAGAGAGAAUGA